CAGUGCAGCAGCAACAGCACAUGAUGGAGACGAUGAUGAGGAGGAGACCAUCUCUCUGGAUUCCAGAAGGCAUGAGGUAUCAUGUUAAGACUGUGAAAGUACUAUUUACUCUACAAUGGUGAGGAGUCCUCAUCAAAAUCAAAAAAUCUAAUUUCUUUUACAGGACCCAGAUGCUAUACAGUGGGAAAACCAGCCUGGCAACAUAGUGCGUAUUAAUAAAAGGACACCACAUCCUGCCAAAUUCCAGCUGCGCUAAUUGUAUUGUGUUCACAGAGCUCACAAGCUAUCAGAAAGUUGUAUGGCAACCACCUCCGGCGCCAAAUAGAACUGGCAGACAGACAUUCAGUACAAGAAGAAAAAGAUGGAAAAUCUUGCACUGGAGUCCGAAAUAAAAAAGAGGACAAUUAGGAAACUGGACCUUGAAAUAAAAAAACUUGAGAGGGAGGUGAGAUAUGCCUUCAAUGUACACUGUAUGCUAACUGUAACACAAAUGUAUUAAUCAUUAUUUUUCUUUCCUCCCCCAGCUCCAAGAAGAUGACACAGCUCAAAAUAAAAAUUAGGUAUAUUCUCGUAAAGUCAAGUGAGCCAUGACAUAUGAGCUCUUAUUGUGAGCACACAGGACGGUGGCAUCUUUCUAAGGUUUUUUUUAUUUUCCCAGCAAUCAGUACAACCAAGUCAUCGUUAUAAGGCAUCGCCCUCUUUUGCCCACCCCCCCAGCACCAGGUGUGGCCACUAGCCUAUAUGAAGGCCCAAAAUUGUGUGUUCCUUUCUGCUCUGACAAUGGCAUGCCCAUUCGUGCGAGAUGUGGUGGAUGAAGAAGCACUUGUGCUGAGGAGAGCCUUCAGGCGAGAAAGGGUCUUCAGGGACCGGUUGGACCCACUGGCCUUCCCUGAUGACCAUCUAUAUGAAAGAUACAGGUUUUCUGCAGAUGGCAUCAGGUAUCUAUGCAGACUACUGGGUCCCAGGAUUAAGCACCGCACUGCACGGAGCCAUGCACUGAGUGUGGAGCAAAUGGUUUGUGUGGCCUUGCGCUUUUUUGCUAGUGGAGCCUUCCUGUACUCAGUGGGGGAUGCAGAACAGCUGAACAAGGCCACAAUUUGCCGCACAAUAAGGAGUGUGUGUCUGGCUAUCAAAGCAUUAGCAGAUGUCUUCAUCUCCUUCCCUGGCCACAGAAGACUCUGUGACAUCAAAGAGGAGUUCUAUAGGAUUGCAGGUUUCCCCAAUGUCAUUGGUGCAGUGGACUGCACACACAUAAGGAUAAAAGCCCCCUCAGGUGCCCAUGAGGCCGAUUUUGUGAAUAGGAAAUCCUUUCACAGCAUUAAUGUUCAGAUGGUCUGCAAUGCUGACUGUGUGAUCAGCAAUGUUGUGGCAAAAUGGCCUGGCUCAGUCCAUGACUCCAGAAUCUUUCGGGCCUCUGAAAUCUAUCAGUGCCUAUCACAAGGUGAAUUCUCUGGUGUGUUGCUGGGAGACAGGGGGUAUGGCUGCCAGCCUUUUCUCCUGACACCUUUCACAGACCCCCAGGAAGCACAGCAGAACUACAACCAUGCCCAUGCCAGGACCAGGGCCAGAGUUGAAAUGACCUUUGGCCUCCUGAAGGCACGCUUUCACUGCCUUCACAAAUUAAGGGUCAGCCCUGUUAGGGCAUGUGAUAUUACUGUGGCUUGUGCUGUCCUCCACAAUGUGGCCUGCCUGAGGAAGGAGAGGGCCCCCAGAGUGCCACCAGCCAUGGACUGGGACAAUCCGGCAAUCUUCCCUGAUGACGACAGUGGUCGGCUGCUGAGGGACCAAUAUGUGUUGAAUUAUUUUAGUUAGUAUGUGUGCUUUCAAUUUUGGUUAAAUAUGUCCUGCGGUGGCAGAGGAAUUUGGGUUUUUUUGGGUUCGUUUUUUUACGAAUUUGGCCUCUUAUGAUGUUUGUGCGGUAUACUGUGUGUAAUACAAGGCUGCAGGGAGGCUACUGCAUCCAUUCAUUUGUCUGUUCAGUUGAUGUGUAUGGAUUUGUCCUGCAUUUAUUUUAGUGUGCAGACAUGCAGGGUGUGUUAUAUACAGACCUUUGAAUGUGUAUGUAUCAUUUUGUAUAAUAUGCUUGGAUUCUGUGCUUUCCAUCUUGUAGAGUCACUGUGACUUCAGUUUCGAAAGGAGCUGAUGGUUUACCUGCUUUGUUUUGUCCUUAUUCAAUAAAGGAACAUAAUGUUACACAUUGUGUUUUUAUAUUCA